GAAACCUGCAAAGAAAUGGCACAUGGUUUAAGAAAGCCCUUCAUCAUAAAACCCUCGCUCGCUCCACACUCACAAAAACCGCUUAUACGAUCACUUCAGAACCGAAACCUCCCAAACAUGGAAAGCGCCACUAAAGUUGGAGCGGCAGCUCAAACCACCUCUGCUUCCCCCUCCUUCGACGGCACGCUCGGCCGCCACUUGGCUCGCCGCCUCGUUGAGAUAGGCGUCAGGGACGUCUUCUCCGUCCCCGGCGACUUCAACUUGACCCUGCUCGACCACCUCAUUGCCGAGCCCAGCCUCAACCUCGUCGGCUGUUGCAACGAGCUCAACGCCGGCUAUGCCGCCGACGGCUACGCGCGUGCCAGGGGCGUCGGUGCUUGCGUCGUCACCUUCACCGUCGGUGGACUCAGCGUCCUCAACGCCAUUGCCGGAGCUUACAGCGAAAAUUUACCGGUGAUUUGCGUCGUCGGAGGACCCAACUCGAACGACUACGGCACCAACAGGAUCCUCCACCACACCAUCGGGUUACCCGAUUUCUCCCAAGAGCUUCGGUGCUUUCAAAGCGUCACGUGUUUUCAGGCAGUAGUGAAUAACUUGGACGACGCGCAUGAACUAAUUGACACUGCGAUUUCUACUGCUUUAAAGGAAAGCAAGCCUGUUUAUAUCAGCAUCAGUUGUAAUCUUCCUGGAAUUCCUCAUCCAACUUUUGCUAGAGACCCCGUUCCAUUCUUUCUUGCACCCAAGACAAGUAAUCAAGAAGGAUUAGAAGCUGCAGUGGAAGCGACUGCUGCUUUACUGAACAAAGCUGUGAAGCCAGUGAUUGUGGCUGGACCAAAAUUAAGGGUUGCGAAGGCACAAAAGGCCUUUCUGGAGUUUGCAGAAGCUAGUGGAUAUCNGGACGACGCGCAUGAACUAAUUGACACUGCGAUUUCUACUGCUUUAAAGGAAAGCAAGCCUGUUUAUAUCAGCAUCAGUUGUAAUCUUCCUGGAAUUCCUCAUCCAACUUUUGCUAGAGACCCCGUUCCAUUCUUUCUUGCACCCAAGACAAGUAAUCAAGAAGGAUUAGAAGCUGCAGUGGAAGCGACUGCUGAUUUACUGAACAAAGCUGUGAAGCCAGUGAUUGUGGCUGGACCAAAAUUAAGGGUUGCGAAGGCACAAAAGGCCUUUCUGGAGUUUGCAGAAGCUAGUGGAUAUCCAAUAGCUGUUAUGCCAUCGGGAAAGGGACUUGUACCAGAGCAUCAUCCUCAUUUCAUUGGUACAUAUUGGGGUGCUGUCAGUACUAGCUACUGUGGAGAGAUAGUGGAGUCGGCCGAUGCUUAUGUUUUUGUUGGCCCCAUCUUCAAUGACUAUAGCUCCGUUGGAUACUCAUUAUUGAUAAAGAAGGAGAAAGCCAUAAUAGUGCAGUCUAAUCGGGUGACCAUUGGCAAUGGUCUUUCCUUUGGCUGGGUUUUCAUGGCUGAUUUCUUAACUGCAUUGGCUAAAAAAGUGAAAACAAACACCACAGCUGUGGAGAAUUACCGACGUAUCUAUGUCCCUCCCGGCAUUCCUCUGAAGCGAGAGCAGGAUGAACCUCUAAGAGUUAAUGUUCUAUUCAAACACAUUCAAGACAUGCUUAGCGGAGAUACUGCUGUAAUAGCGGAAACUGGAGACUCGUGGUUCAACUGUCAGAAGCUCCGUCUGCCUGAGAAAUGCGGGUAUGAAUUUCAGAUGCAGUAUGGAUCCAUUGGUUGGUCAGUUGGUGCUACUCUUGGAUAUGCACAAGCUGCGACAGACAAGCGUGUAAUUGCUUGCAUUGGUGAUGGCAGUUUUCAGGUAACAGCACAGGAUAUUUCAACAAUGAUUCGAUGCGGACAAAAGAGCAUAAUUUUUCUCAUUAAUAAUGGAGGUUAUACCAUCGAAGUUGAGAUUCAUGAUGGCCCCUAAAAUGUGAUCAAGAAUUGGGACUACACUCGUUUUGUUGAAGCCAUCCAUAAUGGACAAGGCAAAUGCUGGGUUGCCAAGGUACGAACAGAGGAUGAUCUGACAGAAGCAAUUAGAAUAGCUAGUGGAGAAAAGAAAGAAUCACUAUGUUUUAUUGAAGUUUUUGUACACAAAGAUGAUACCAGCAAAGAACUGCUGGAAUGGGGAUCCCGUGUUGCUGCUGCUAACAGCCGUCCUCCAAAUCCCCAGUAGAAAUUUCGUUUCUAAUUAUCGCCUUGUUAUGAUCUGUGUAUUUUGUUAAAUAAACUUUUGCUAGAUCAUAAUUUUCAGAGAAAAGACUUAACUAUGAUGAUGAAAUAAAUUUGUUUUCCAGAUUUGUAUAUGGAUUCUUCUGCUGUUGUAAAUAAACACCAACUAUUGUUGCGUUAUAAUGAGAUAUUGUGCAAUGGAAUUGUUCACGAAUGAAAA